AUGUGCUCCUGGGCGCUGUGGGUAGCCCUGCCUUUGCUGUCCCUGCUGGCCCGCUCCCUGCAGGGGAGGCCACUGGGGAACUGGAGGCUGGCAUCCGCCGGAGACAACGCCCACAGCCCACUGGAGAGGCCCGGAGGGGAGCCGACAGAGCAUACCUUCGACCUGCAGAUGUUCCUGGAGAACAUGAAGGUGGAUUUUCUGCACAGCCUCAACCUGAGUGGAGUCCCCUUCCAGGACAAAACCAGAGUGGAGCCACCGCAGUACAUGAUUGACUUGUACAACAAGUACACUACCAACAAGUCAUCCACCCCAGCGUCCAACAUUGUGCGGAGCUUCAGCGUAGAAGAUGCCGUCUCUAUAACCACCACAGAAGACUUCCCCUUCCAGAAGCAUAUCUUGCUCUUCAACAUCUCUAUUCCCAGGCAUGAGCAGAUUACCAGGGCCGAGCUCCGACUGUAUGUCACCUGUCAAAAUCAUGUGGACUCCUUUCACGAGCUGAAAGGAAAUAUGGUCAUUUACGAUGUUCUAGAUGGAGCAGAUGACUGGGAAGGUGCUACAGGGACCAAGACAUUUCUGGUAUCCCAGGACAUUCGGAAUGAGGGCUGGGAGACCUUGGAAGUGUCCAGCGCUGUGAAGCGCUGGGUCCGGGCUGACUCCACCAAGAGCAAAAAUAAACUGGAAGUGACUGUGGAGAGCCACAGGAAGGGGUGCAACAAACUGGACAUCAGUGUCCCUCCAGGUUCCAACAACCUGCCUUUCUUUGUCGUCUUCUCCAACGACCGCAGCAACGGGACUAAGGAGACCAGGCUGGAACUCAGGGAGAUGAUUGGUCAUGAGCAAGAGAAGGUGCUCAAGAAACCAUACAAGAACAGCUUUGCAAAGGUGGGUGACAGUGACAAAGAGGAGGCAGAGGGAGGUGACAGUGAUGAAGAGGAGGACAGCCACAUGGCCAUGGGGUCCUCUUUAGCCAGACGGAAGAGGAGCAUCGGGGCCAGCAGCCAGUGUCAGAGGACCUCCCUGCGGGUGAACUUCAAGGACAUUGGCUGGGACAACUGGAUCAUUGCACCCAAGGAGUAUGAUGCUUAUCAGUGUAAGGGCAGCUGCUUCUUCCCCCUGAGUGAUGACAUGACACCGACGAAACAUGCCACUGUGCAGACCCUGGCACAUCUCAGGUUCCCCACAAAGGUUGGCAAGCCCUGCUGUGUGCCCACCAAACUGAACCCCAUCUCCAUCCUCUACAAGGAUGACAGUGGGGUGCCUACCCUCAAGUUUCACUAUGAGGGCAUGAGUGUGGCAGAAUGUGGGUGCAGGUAG